AUGGUUGUAAUUACGGAAUCUGACCUCACACAGGAGGAUAUAGAGAACGGGUUGAUGGACUGGUUGUCAGACCACGAUGAGAGCAGGGACGCGGAUGAAAUGGAGCGUUUGGCGGACAACGAGGCGCCCAUAACGCUUAGUACCGUCUUCUUGUCGACGUUGAUUGUGGCCGGACUGCCGCUGGUUUCAUCAGAGAAGUACGAUCGCCUUCUCGAAAUCACCCGCAAGAAGCUGACCAAGGAUUUUGAAAAGAAGGGACUGAGGAUCCACAAGGAUUUCCAAAUUGAAAUGCCCGUGGACGAGGCCGGCAACACGUAUGGUGUGGCCUUUUUCACCUUCGCCAACCGUCCGGAGGCACAGAAGGCGCUGCAGCACCUGAACAUGUCCAAGUUCGACGCAUCGCACACCCUCAAGGCCGCGAUGGUAGACGACUUCGACAGGAUUGUAAGCGACGAGAACACAUGUACCCCCGCGUUAAACACUUUUGGGUUCACACGUGAGGACCUCCGAACGUGGCUGUUCGAGAGCGACCGUAUGCUCGACCAGCUGGUAAUCCGCUACGCUGACCAGACCGAAAUCCAUUGGUUCGAUCCCCUGGAGAGAGAGCCUGUGCUUGUGUACAACGGCGAGAGGGAGCGAGCCCAGGGAAAACGUGUCUGGACCGACCAAAAGGUGGAGUGGAGCCGCAACGGGUCUUACUUGGUGUUCUACCGUCGCCCCGGUAUCGCGCUCUACGGAGGCCCAAGUUUCGAGCUGAAGGUCAGGUUCGAGCACCGGAACGUUCAAAACGUCUCCUUCUCCCCGGACGAAGAAUACCUGAUGACAUGGGAUGGAACCAAAGGCGAAGACAAGCACGAUAAUUCCGUCUGCAUAUGGCACGUCAUCACGGGUGAAAAGCUAUGCUCAUUCCCCACGCCCGAAUUAUCAUACAACGGCGCAGAGUUUCCACACUUCAUAUGGAACCGUGACGGGAAGUAUAUCGCAAAGUUGCACCAAUGCGCCGAAGGAAAUGAGAUCCACGUCUACAAGCUGCCUGAGAUGACGCUUAUACCAGAUGCGGAAGGAAAGCCUGCGCCCUUGAAGUACGCUGCCGAGAAGUUCGACUGGUCCCCAAUGGAUGAUAUUCUAUCUAUCAUUAUUCCCGGUACCAUCGAUACACCAGCUCGUCUACUUCUUGUUGACAUCCCAUCGCGCCGCGAGUUGAGUGCCAGGAACGUAUACAAUGUGUGCUCUUCUGUGAUGCACUGGCACCCAAGAGGAGAGUGCUUCUGCCUCAGGACCACAAUUUGCCGUAAAACCGGAAAGAAGGGUCGUAAGCAGUUUAACCAGCUGGAGAUAUUCCGUCUGCGGGAACGUGAUGUCCCCGUUGACACUAUCAAAAUCGAGGAUGCGACUGUGAAGAACCUCUACUGGGAGGAAGGCGGCAGCAAGAGGUUUGCUCUUGUUGUGAGGGACGAAGAAAUGGGCAACAGCUCAAUUAGGUUCUAUCGCGUGUCUGAAGAGGGCACUGCAAGGGACACCGUUUGCGUGACGACGUUGGAGCUGCAAUCUCAAAUGAACCGUGUCGUAUGGUCCCCUAGCGGCAACUACUUCGUGGUUGCCUGUUUGACCGGAGAGGGUACCAUCCUUUUCUGCACACUGAACGACAACGACAAGGUUGAGGUGUUGUACAAGGAUGAGCAUUUCAUGAUGAACGACGUCAGGUGGAGCCCGUGCGGUCGCUACGUGGCAACAUCCGUCAGGGUACCAUUGCCUUCCCAAAACAGCGGACCCAGCAUGGAUGCCUUCAGGUACAGCGCUGAGGCAGGGUUCUGCAUCUGGACCUUCCAGGGGCGCCGCCUCUACGUGUCCCGUAGGGAGAACCUGUACCACUUUGACUUCAGACCGACUCCGCCACCCAUGUUGGAGAACAGCGUCAUCGACAAGAUCAAGAAGAACCUCAAGGAAUACAGCCGCAAGUACGAUCUGGUGGAUGAAAAGGCUCGGGAGGAAUACGAACAGCAAUACUUCGCCAAGCGCAAGGUGGCCGAGGACGCAUUCCUCAAGCAGGCCGCGAAGCUGAUGGAAUGGCUCGUUAAACAGGACCGCUACUUGGAGUUCAAGCAAGGUUGGGACAGUUUCUACGAUGAGGCCCACUGGGACAUUACUGAGGACGUCUACGAGGAGGUCAUCGAAGUGAAGGAGGAGGUCCUAGAUUAA